UUUUUUUUAAAAAAAAAGAUAGAAAUAAAGAACAAUAAGAACAAUGUCAGAAAAUAGUACAAUAACUUCAAUAACAGAGUCUGCUCCUAAUCCAACAGAAACAACAAAUCCACGAAAUUCAAAACGCAGGGAAGAGAGUUCUUCAAAUAAUACAUCCACUUUACGAAAUAAUGUUGCUGAGCAUCUUCAUAUAUCACCAAUUUUAAUUGCGGAAAUAACUCGUACUCUUAUUGCUUUUAUGAUUUUUAUAUUAGCAGGGUUUUUAUGUACUUUUGCUAUACAAUCAUCUGAUUAUCGAUGGAAAACUUCAGGGGAUGAUAUGAUGGCUUUGGUGGAUCUUGGGUUUAAAGUAAUACCUAAUACAACACAUGUUUUCCUAGCUGACUUGUUCAUGCUUAUAUUACUUGUUGGUUCUUUAGGUUUAAAUCUUAUUCUUGCAGAAUCAAAUGUAGCAAGAUUAAUAAUAAUUCGGCGUAUAUUCUGGAUGUUGGCAUUUCUUUUGUGUUUUAGACUGAUAACACUUAGUGUUACAACUUUACCUAGUCCAAAAGCAUGUGAACCUAUCAUUUCAGGAAAUUUUCUUGAUAUGCUUAAAACCGGAGUAAAUCUGAUAACAGGAUCGGUUAAAGCUUGUACGGAUAACAUUUUUUCAGGUCAUAGCAUCUUCAUUACUACAAGUGUUAUCCUAUUUCGCGUAUAUUGUAAAUAUAAGUUUAUUAUAUAUUAUUCAUAUCUUCACGGUCUUGUAGCAUUAGGAUUCCUUAUCGCAACAAGGAUUCACUAUACUGUUGAUGUCAUAUUAGCCGUGUUCAUUACAUACUCUGUACAUUCAAUUUAUUUUUUUAUAGUAGAUCUUUGCAUAGAGAAACAUUUCUUCAAAAUAAGAAGGGCGGAAGAGCGAUUAGGUGAUGCAGAACUUUAUCAAAGAAUAGCAUAUAUGCCUAAUAUGUUUAAUACAAGUUUAGUUGGUGCGGUACGAUGGAUGGAUGGAUUAGACAUUCGAUUUAGUAGUGAAUGCGAGGAUAUAACGAGAGAACAAGCAAGACAACGACGUUUUGAUUGUAAUACCAGUUCAGACAGUAAUUCAACAGAUAUGACGCAAGUUGUGGUAAUUAGUCCACCGCAAGAUGAAGAAGGUGAGCCAAGUAAAAGGCCUGAAACAUCAUAGUAAUAAACCGAAUGUGGGGAGUGCUGUAAAGAUGUGUGAUGUCUAUUUUAAUAUGCACAUUUAAAUUUUUCAAAAGAGACUAUGUUUUUUUAAUAGACAAUGUAAAAAAAAACAAAAAGGAAAAUUAACUAAUAGUUGUAGCUUUAAAAAACUUGAUAUUUUUUUUUUAAAUCAGUUGGACUUUUAGAUUUUUAUUAUCAUAUUUUUAAUAACGAGUUGUUUAAUUAUCAAAAAAAACCAAAUGUUAAUAAUA